UCUGACACUGUGUGCUCGACUUUUCAGCACUGCCCCUCACAGGAUCCCUACUUUGUGUGUCGAGGGACGAUUAUACGCUAAUAACAUAGCCAUGACGCAGGCCGAAGAUCCGGCCAUGAGCAACGAAAUAGAGGAGGAAUCAGCCAGGGAAGAAGCGAAGAAGAGCAAGAAGGAGUUGAAGGCCGAAAGGAAGGCGGAGAAGAAGGCGAUUAAGCAACAGAAGAAAGCCCUGGAAGAAGAACUGGCAGAUCCCAUCAAGGAAUUUCUUCAGCCAGAAGAAGAAGAGAACGAAGAACUUCGACGAAAGGCUAUCGAGACCUUCCGGGAAUGGGUUCUGCAACAGCCGCACUUCGUCAACUGCAGGACUGACGACAAGUUCUUGCUCCGGUUCCUGCGCUCUCGUAAGUACUGCAUGAGCGCCGCUCAGGAAACACUGGACCGCUACCUUACCAUACGGACACAGUACCCAAUCUUCUUCAAGAAUCCCGACAUUAAUGACCCGCCUCUGCGUGAUAUACUCUCCAAGGGGUACUUUUUCCCGUUGUUUGAAAAAGACACCGAUGGAAGAACAGUCGUCUUCGGUUUAGCAGGUGCCCUGAACGCAAACAUUCACAAGGCCGUGGAUAUAUACAGAGCUUUUUCGAUGAGCUUCGAGGCCCUACUCGAAGACGAGGAGAACCAGAAGAACGGAGUCACGUACAUCAUGGACGAGAGCGGGUUCCGACUAAACCACUUAGGCCUCGUGAACCUUAGGGACGUGCAGAAGGUCAUGAUAAACGGAGAGAAAGCCAUGCCCAUGCGUCACAAGAACGUUCACUGGGUGAACGUUCCAAAGUACAUCACAGCGGUGUACGACUUAGCACUCAGCAUGUUCAGCCGAAAGCUCGUCAGCAGGAUGUUCCUUCAUUUUGACGUCUCCACUCUGCACGACCACAUCCGUCCAUCUAUGCUCCCCGAAGGGUUCGGAGGAACCAUCCCAGCAGAAGUGAUGGCAGCAAAAUGGAUCGAAAGGCUCGAAGAGCUUCGUGACCUGCUGCUUUCGCAUGACCUUAUGGGCGUCGAUGAGAGCAAGAGAGUGAAGAAAGAAAAGCGUUCGGGAUUUGGACUCCUCCGACUAUGGAACAGCAUCACGCGGUUAGAAGUGUACUAAGGCAACGGGAAGACACUCAUAUUGUACGCUGAACUAUGGGCUCCACAAAAACCACAUAAGAAGGGCGUCCCCACAUGCGGCAAGUACACAAGAUGGGAUGCGGCUUUGGUACUUUCCACAGAAGAGGUCUCGGUAUAACUCUCGUGCACCUUUGUGAGAUGCAUUGUGUGCCUGUGCGCCACCCCUCUUUUACAUAAUCAACUAGCAAUAUCGACUUUGUAGUAUAGGGUUGUUGAUUUAAAAAUAUGUUGGUCAUUGA